UCACAUCCUCUCUUCCUCUCUAUCUCUCUCCAACGAUGCUACUCUCAACACCAGAGGUCAUGAUCACCACUCACCAGCCAUCUCCAGCGUCAACAACACAAAUCUCAUACGACGAGCCAGAGCCUGUGACGUGUGACUGCUGUGGAUUAACCGAGGAGUGCACAAAGUCUUACAUAGAGAAGAUCAGAGAGCAUUACAUGGGGAAAUGGAUCUGUGGACUAUGUUCUGAAGCUGUGAAGUACGAGGUUAUAAGAACAAAACGUUUGUUAACUACUGAGGAAGCCUUGGCGAGACACAUGAACAUGUGUUAUAAGUUCAAGUGCUCAAGCCCACCUCCUAAUCCGACAGGACGUUUGAUCUCUGCGAUGACACAGAUCUUGAGAAGAAGUUUGGAUUCUCCGAGGAUGCUUAGAUCAAUGCCUAGUAGUCCUUCUAGAGAUGAAGAUGAUGAUUGUGUUUCUAAUGUUUUGUCUAGGUCCGAUAGCUGCUACGCUAGUUUGACUUGAAAAAAACAAAAAUGUUUAAACCGGGUGAUAACCGUUCGGUUUAAGGAUCACCACCUGGAAAAAGGAUCCGGUUUCAGAUUUUAAUUUUUCGUCAGUAACCAAGAUUGGUCUCUGUAUGUAUUUUGUUUUUUGCUGGAUUUUGUGUACCCUGUGGAAAUUUUUGGGCUAAAUGCUAAUAACUUUGAAGGUCUGGAGUUGUGUCAUUGUGAGCUUAGUUAGACAAG